AUGCAACGUCAGAAGGCCGACGUCUACGUCAAGCAGCGCACUCAGCCCAAGAGCCUCAACAAGCAGGCCUCCAUCCAGGAUGAUCAUGUCACGGCAGCUCCAAGUGGAUACGUGGCACGAUCAGCGUUCAAAUUGUUGCAGCUGGAUGAUCGGUACAAGUUCCUGCGGCCAGGACGUGUGAUUGUAGAUCUGGGCGCUGCUCCAGGCGGAUGGAGUCAAGCCAUAGUCGAGCGUACCCGAAGUAGGACGGCGGGCAAAGUGUUUGCUCUGGAUCUGCUGCCGGUGGUCGGCAUCGAGGGCGUCACUUCGAUCCAGGGCGACUUUCUCGAUGUAGAAACGCAAGAAAGGCUCCGACGCAUGGCGGCAGAUGCAGCGCUAGGCAGUGUUGACGAGAACGAUGCCGACAAGCAGUCUGAGGGCUUUGUCGAUGUCGUCGUCAGCGACAUGAUGGCAAACACAACCGGCAAUCCCAUCACAGAUACAGAGGCGUCAUUAGAGCUCUGUCGAGCAGCAACUGACUUUGCGUUACGCACUCUCAAACGUGACCACCACCUGCUGCAAAGUCAAGAGCGCAAGUCUCCCAUCUCGCUCGCCUCGAAGUCGAGUGUGCUGGUGAUGAAGUACUUCAUGUCGCACGAAGCGGAUUCGUUCCGCAAGCAGGUGCUCAAGAAGCACUUCCACUUUGUCAAGGCGGAGAAGAUGGAGGCGAGCCGCAAAGAGUCCAGGGAACAGUUCUGGAUCUGUAUCGGUUUCAAAGGUCGUCAGUCAAUGUGA